AUGGCCAACGUUUCGGUGAUCAUUCCCUUUGAAGCUGAGGGCACCGUUGUUGUCGGCACGCCCAAGAGCAUCAUGAAGGAUCAUGAGGAUCUUGUCAAAGGCACAGCCACCGUGGAUGUUGUUGACGCGGCCAUCGACGAAAAUUCACCACCGAAUGUGUUGUUGGAGGAAGGGUCCAAAGAAGAACUACUGUUGGAGAAAGGGGAGUCCAAGAAUGGUAGUACUGAUCUGCGAUGCCAAUGCCUGCGAUUUGGUGGUGUCGAGGUGGCUCAAGGGUUCAAUCUGAUUGGAUCUGGAAGGGGUUGCCUUGUCAUGUCUAAUAUUUUCCUGGCCACUGCCUUGACGUAUCUGGCGGCCGAAGAAGUAGGUUGUGUCAAGGAAGACGACAAUGGAGCGAUGAUCGUCGCGGACAACUGCGACGAAAAGGUUUUUGGCCUUUUUCGUCCGGCCUCUUUGAUUACAAACAUUGCUGUGAUAUGGGGAGUCCUUGCGGCUUUGUUCAUGCCUGUGAUUGGAGCUUGUAUUGAUUACACACCACAUAGAUGGAGGAUUGGCGCUGGGUCUGCCGCUUUUUUGAUAAUGAUACAACUGGUGCAAAUUGGUGUUGCUAGUUCCACGUGGUUCUACAUGGCCAUGCUUCAGGCAUUGUCGGGGUUCCUUUAUCAAGUACAAAAUCUAACUGCAUAUGCUUACCUUCCAGAAAUUGCUCGAAUCGUUGGAGAAGAGAAAAUUACAAAGUACAUGCCCACCUUUACGAUUGUGCAGUUCCUUAGCCAAGCGCUAUUUUUGCUCCUUGUCAUUGCGGUUUCGCUCUCUCUUGGUUUUGGAGAUGUCCAAACUGCACGCCUCAGCCAAGUCUUCAAUGCAUGUACAGUCUCAUUGACGUUCUUUUGUGGUUGGAGGCUCAUGCCACCUAUCCCUGCCAGACACAUUCUACCAGAGGGAAGGAGCAUGCUCCUGCAAGGGUUCAGGCAAAACUUCACAACAGCCAAAGAAAUCAACCAGCAUUAUAGGAUAGGCCUGCGCUGGUUCCUGUUGAGUGUCACUUUUGGGGAUGCAGCUGCCAAUGCAUUUACCAUCGUGUCAGUCGUCUUCUUGGAUGAACGAUUGGGGCUGGCUGGGAAUGAAGUGGGUAUCUUCUUCUUCCUGGCGUUGAUUGGAAUGAUUCCUGGUGGAAAGCUGGCACAACUUGUGGCCUCGAGAACCAAUCCCAAGGUUUCGUGGAUCAUAUCCAUGGUCGUGUUGUUCGUGGUUUCUGCCGUUGGCGCUCUGCUUCUGGAUAAGGACAAUGCCGUCCCUUUUGCCUUUGUUUGGGGUUUCAUUAUUGGAGUUUCGUUGGGCUGGUAUUAUCCUUCUGAGAGAACGAUUCUCUCUAUGAUAGUGCCACAGGGCAGGGAGGCUGAAGUGAGUGGGUUUUUUAUCUACUGCACGCAAAUUUUGGGGUGGCUGCCUCCCCUGGUGUUCUCCCUUCUUGUGGAGGCAGACGUGGACCAAGGCAUUGGUGUCAUUUGCAUUUCCGCUUUUUUCUUGAUCGCCAUUUUUGCAAUGUCCAUGUCGGGGCCUUGGCAGGAAAUCUUGGAGGAAGUGAAAGGGACGGAUUCGACAGCGGCAAACAUCAUUGACAACGACGACAGGGGAAGAAACCUGGAAGUAAUUUAUUCCAAGACAGAAGAAGCAUCUCCCUGUGGCACAGCAAAGACACUGGAAUCUUCCAGCUAG